AAUAGGACGUAAUGCAUGAUAUAUUCAUGAAAAUAUUUAUUUCACAGAAUAUUCUUAAAACAAAAUCUCUCUCUGAAUCAAUAAUCAUGGCAUAUCCAUAAUUACCCAAACCCAAUUACCCGUUUUUAACAUCUCAGCUUCUUCUUCUUCCUCUUCCUCCUUUAAGUUAAUCUCUUUUAUCGCCAUGACAUUCCCUUUAAUUAUCUUCUUCUUUUUUCUUCUAAUCUCACCUUCUUUCUCCAAAGUCAAAAUCUCCAUAACUCCGACCACCGUCGCCAAAUCCGGCGACACAGUCACGAUCACCUGGUCAAACGUCGACUCACCCUCAAAUCUCGAUUGGGUCGGUCUCUAUUCUCCUCCUAACUCACCGCAUGAUCACUUCAUCGGUUACAAAUUCCUUUCUUCAUCACAUAAUUGGCAAUCCGGGUCGGGAUCCAUUUCCCUGCCCAUCACCAACCUCCGCUCCAACUACUCAUUCAGGAUCUUCCGUUGGACCGAAUCCGAAAUCAACCCGAAACGCCACGACCAUGACCAUAACCCACUCCCGGGCACAGCGCAUUUGUUGGCGGAAUCGGAGGAGGUUGGGUUCGAGUUGGGUAAUGGGCCGGAGCAGAUACAUUUGGCGUUCACGGAUAUGGAAGACGAGAUGAGGGUUAUGUUUGUGGUGGGGGAUAAAGAAGAGAGGGAAGUGAAAUGGGGAGAGGCUGAUGGAAAGUGGAGUCACGUGACGGUGGCACGUGUUGUGAGGUACGAGAGAGAGCAUAUGUGUGAUGCUCCUGCCAAUGGCAGUAUUGGGUGGAGAGAUCCUGGUUGGAUUCAUGAUGCUGUUAUGGAUAAGUUGAAGAAAGGUGUUAGAUAUUAUUAUCAGGUUGGAAGUGACUCUAGAGGUUGGAGCUCAACUCAGAGCUUUGUGUCGCGGAAUGGAGACUCAGACGAAGCAAUCGCAUUCCUGUUUGGGGAUAUGGGAACUGCAACACCAUAUGCUACCUUCCUUCGCACUCAAGAUGAAAGCAUAGCGACCAUGAAAUGGAUCCUUCGUGACAUAGAAGCUAUUGGUGACAAGCCUGCUUUCAUUUCACACAUUGGAGAUAUCAGCUAUGCAAGAGGCUACUCAUGGUUGUGGGACCAUUUUUUCACUCAAAUUGAACCUGUUGCAUCCAAAGUACCAUACCACGUGUGCAUUGGGAACCAUGAGUAUGAUUGGCCUUUACAACCUUGGAAGCCAGAUUGGUCCAAUUCAAUUUAUGGGACUGAUGGGGGUGGGGAAUGCGGAGUUCCUUACAGCCUUAAAUUUAACAUGCCUGGAAACUCUUCUGAGUCUACUGGUUCCCAUGCACCUGCUACUCGAAACCUAUACUACUCAUUUGAUAUGGGGGCCGUACAUUUUGUAUAUAUGUCAACUGAGACCAAUUUCCUUCCUGGGAGCAACCAAUAUAACUUUCUAAAGCAUGAUCUAGAAUCGGUUAACCGAAGCAAGACCCCUUUUGUGAUUGUUCAAGGGCACAGACCGAUGUAUACUACAAGCCACGAAAACAGGGAUGCUCCAUUGAGGGACAAAAUGCUUGAGCACCUGGAACCCUUGUUUGUGAAAAAUAAUGUGACCCUUGCAUUGUGGGGUCAUGUACAUAGAUAUGAGAGGUUUUGUCCUGUGAAUAACUUCACAUGUGGAAGCACUUGGAAAGGAUUUCCAAUCCAUGUCGUCAUUGGGAUGGCAGGACAAGAUUGGCAGCCUAUCUGGCAACCCAGAGUCGACCACCCAGAUGAUCCUAUAUUUCCACAACCUGAGCAGUCCAUGUAUCGUGGGGGUGAAUUUGGAUACACUAGAUUGGUUGCCACAAAGAAGAAGCUGACAUUUUCUUAUGUUGGAAACCAUGAUGGAGAGGUGCAUGAUAUGAUGGAGAUUUUGGCAUCAGGUCAAGUUUACAGUGGGAAUGCUGGUGUUAAUGAUGUUGCUGGAGCAAGGAUUGAGGCAGCGGCAGACUCUAAAUUCUCAAUGUAUGUCAAGGGUGCAAGUGUGUUGGUGCUGGGGGCUUUUAUGGGGUACAUUCUUGGGUUUAUAUCACAUGCCAGGAAGCACAGUACUGCAAGAGGCAGCUGGAGUGCUGUGAAGACUGAUGAAAUUGAAUCAAUGUCAUGAAAGUUUGGUAAAACCAACAGUUCGGAUUAUGCUUCCAUGCGUUUUGAAAACCUGUUUGCCAUGGGUGUGAAGGAGUUGAAAUUUUAGGAUGAAGCUCAUGCUGUUAAGCGCUUCGGGCAAGCUUGGAAGCGGAAAGAAGUUAGGAUUUUUGUUGUAUUUUAUUAUGAUUAAGUUUGUAAAUAUUAUAUUUUCCCGUUUUCUAGUGAAUAAGAAGCAUUGCAAUGACUGUUUGGAAAGAAAUAAAAUGAAAGACAAAAAGAAAAAGGAAAUUCCUUUAUUAGUUUAUAA